CUACUGUCGAACAGACGAUUUGAUUCUCACUGAUAAGAAAAAAUGGAAUUGUCAGGCUACACGGCUGUUUAUGCUCCACUAGAGGACACCGCAAUGAUACCUUCCCCAGACCCGUACCACUGUCCUUCUCAUCUGGAGACCUUGACUUUGAUUGAUCAAUUGUUUGUCUACAAAGAACAAAAUCUGGAAGAAUGUUUUGCAGAAGUUUGCUGUGGAAUAAAGUCUAACAACAGAUAUAAGGUGAAGGAUGACAUCGGGAGCAAUGUUUUUAGUAUCCUUGAGGACAACGAUUGUUGUAACAGGCAGUGCUCUACAGGACGUUCCUUCAUAAUGAAUGUAAUUAAUGACUCAAAUCAAGAGAUCAUGAGACUGGUGCACCCGUUUACUUGCUGCUCCUGCUGCAAAAAUGAGCUGGAGGUUCAGUCUCCACCAGGCGUUGCCAUCGGACAUGUUCGACAAAACUGCCAUGUUUGUCUAUCUGAAUUCACCGUGGAGAAUGAACGAGGAGAACCGGCAUUUAAGAUUGCAGGACCAUGUGUAGCUUGUACUUUCUGCACAGAUGAGAACUUUGAGCUAGUGUCUUUGAAUGGGGCAGCGAUAGACAGACCAUUUGGUAAGAUCGUCAAACUCUUCUCAAGCAGUGGACCAAAUGCAGGUGCAGAUUUUGUGCUGAGAUUUCCAAGCAACCUGGAUGUCAAAAUGAAAGCUACAGUUUUGGGGGCCUGCAUACUUAUUGACAGCGUGCAUUAUGAAAAUAAACAACAACCGUUACCAUUUCUACUAUGUCAGUGUUUCUUUUAGUUAACACACAUGAAGAAGAUAACGAGGCCUACUUCAGAAAGAAGACAGAAGAAAACAAAUGUCUACAGACUGCUUGCCAAAUUAUCCUCCAAUAAAUGCUGGAGAGAGAGAGAGAGAGAGAGAGAAAAGUUACUGUCUAUGGCCAAACAUUGCUUUUUAAUAUUGUAUCUCUUCAUGAAAAAACAAAACAAAAAACAUAUGCUUUCACAUUGCAAAUGCUGUUUAAGUUGCUAACAAAAUAUUCUGUCUCUUUUUCUGGGGCACGUAAAUCUCUUCUAUUUAUUUUGUAAAAUCCUUCAAUUCAAAAGUGACACAUUACACGUUAUCACAUGUUGUUUCAGUUUGUGGCUCUCUCUUAUAAAGGUGACACUGAGGUUGAAUGUGUUAUCUGAAAGUGAAGCAAACACAGCAGUUACCACAAACACGGACAGCUGAAGUGGUGGUGGUGAUGUGAAAAACCACCCUAACUGGCACUUGGGUUGCUCGUCAUGGAAAAUCCACAGCGAAUGCUAUUACUUCAAAUUUACAAAUGAUUCUCUGCCUUGAUGGCCAAAAUUCAUUGCGCAGACAUGCAGCCUAUAUUUUUGUCAAUUUCAUUUUGCAAUAAAGAUCUGGAAAUUGUGCAUUUCA